UCUAAAUCUUGUGACAUUAGAAAGAAAGUUUCUAUAAAAAUGAGGCCAACUUAUAGUAUCGUUUUGAUUCUUUUCUUGUUGCUUCCCUGUGGUCAAGCUCUCAGGCCAUAUCAUUAUGCCCACCACAGUAGAGAUGCCAACUACAAGGGUGAGAAAAAUGGGCAGGAGGGAGAGUUAGGUAUGGAGCUCUACCCGACAGGGUCGAGCCUACCCGACUGCUCACACGCGUGUGGAGCGUGCAGCCCUUGCCGUAGGGUGAUGGUGAGCUUCAACAAGUGCGCGGUGGAGUCAUGCCCCAUCGUCUACCGCUGCAUGUGCAAAGGAAAAUACUACCACGUCCCAUCUAAUUGACAGUUCAUUUCUCUCGUUGUUGUUGUCGCUACUUCUUUUGCCUUUAGCCUAGCCAGUUUUGUAGGACUAGUCAUGGAAUCCUAGGCAAUUCAAGCGGAAGAAAUGUUGCCAAAUGAGACAAGUUUUGAGUCUACUUAGACGUGUAAAUACCAGAACAAAUAUUCGGUUGUUUUAUGAUGGAUCUUUUUGCA